GUCUGCUUCUGUUGUCUCGGCGGAUUGUUGGUGUGGGGAGAAAGGAUAUCGCGAGUGUUGGAGUUUUGGUGAGAGUUUGUGGAAGAUGGCGCCUGUUGUGACAGGGAAGUUUGGGGAGCGCCCUCAACCACAGCGCCUAACAAGAGAAGCGAUGAGGAAUUACCUAAAGGAGCGAGGAGACCAAACUGUCCUGAUCCUGCAUGCAAAAGUUGCCCAGAAAUCUUAUGGCAAUGAAAAAAGGUUCUUCUGUCCACCCCCAUGUGUCUACCUGAUGGGCUCUGGCUGGAAGAAGAAGAGAGAGGAGAUGGAGAGGGAAGGCUGUUCAGAGCAGGAGGCUCAACCCUGUGCCUUUAUAGGGAUAGGAAACAGUGACCAGGAGAUGCAGCAGCUCAACAUAGAGGGAAAGAACUAUUGCACAGCCAAGACCUUGUACAUAUCUGACUCCGACAAGAGAAAGCACUUCAUGCUGUCGGUCAAGAUGUUCUACGGCAACAGCGCCGACAUCGGCGUCUUCCUGAGUAAGAGGAUAAAAGUCAUCUCCAAGCCCUCCAAGAAGAAACAGUCCCUGAAGAACGCAGACCUGUGUAUUGCAUCGGGUACCAAGGUGGCCCUGUUCAACCGGUUGCGGUCCCAGACGGUCAGCACGCGCUACCUACAUGUGGAGGGGGGCAACUUCCACGCCAGCUCACAGCAAUGGGGUGCCUUCUACGUUCACCUGUUGGAUGACGAGGAGUCUGAAGGAGAGGAGUUCACUGUGAGAGAUGGCUACAUCCACUAUGGACAGACGGUCAAACUGGUCUGCUCUGUCACCGGGAUGGCCCUGCCACGCCUGAUCAUCCGUAAGGUGGACAAGCAGACGGCCUUGUUGGAUGCAGACGACCCUGUCUCCCAGCUGCACAAGUGUUCCUUCUACCUGAAGGACACAGAGCGCAUGUACCUGUGCCUUUCCCAAGAGAGGAUCAUACAGUUUCAAGCCACUCCAUGCCCAAAGGAACCAAACAAAGAGAUGAUCAACGACGGAGCGUCCUGGACAAUCAUCAGCACGGACAAGGCUGAGUACACCUUCUACGAGGGGAUGGGCCCCGUCCACUCACCUGUCACCCCCGUGCCUGUAGUCGAGAGCUUACAGCUAAACGGGGGCGGGGAUGUGGCCAUGCUGGAGCUGACGGGACAGAACUUCACCUCAAACCUGAGGGUCUGGUUCGGAGACGUGGAGGCAGAGACCAUGUACAGGUGUGCGGAGAGCAUGCUGUGCGUGGUUCCCGACAUCUCAGCCUUCCGCGAGGGCUGGCGCUGGGUACGUCAGCCGGUGCAGGUUCCCGUCACGCUGGUGCGAAACGACGGCAUCAUCUACUCCACCACGCUCACCUUCACCUACACGCCGGAGCCUGGGCCGCGGCCACACUGCAACGCCGCCGGAGCCAUCCUACGUGCGGGCAGCGACCGCCUUCUAACGGCUAGCAGCAACAGCGACGCUAACAACAGCUACGGCCCCAACAACGCAGGAGUCACAUCCUCUUCCACGGCUGCGGCCGUGGUGUCCUAACACAAACACACACACACACACAAACACACACACACACCUAUACACAAUAUGCCUCGAGAGCAAAAUGUACCACAUGGUAAAAAGACUAUGAAGUACACUGACUCUCUACAAGUGCUGCAUAUUGAUCUGGGAUUCAAAAGAAGCUGAAAUUGAAAAUUGAUCGGACGGAAAAAGGAGGAAUUCAAAAGAUAAGUUCCUAUGUUAAAAGUUGUCAACCAGCGGAAUUAGGAGAAACUGUGUGAACUCCUCGCCGCUGCCCUUUUGUGAUUGGUAAGGGACAUACGUGUCGGUUUCUGGUGUUUGAGCUGUGUAAUAGGGAGUUCCUAUUGGCUCAGCGCGCCAGUGUCUUUAACGGAGACUACAACAACUAUACAUCCACCACAUGUGUAGUACGUUAACAAAACCGUCGAUUUUCUGUUCUUUUUUCCCCCUCCCUCUGUUUAUUUUUUCCCUCUUUUUUUUGUCUCGUUAGUCGUCUAUGUUACUGUAAAGGGACGAAAUGUAUCUUUGUUGGAGGGAGAGCGAGGAGUGGACAUAGUGGGACACAUAAAAAUGUCAUGACGAUAACAUCGUUUUUGUGGACCAAGGGUCUUGCAUAAGCUUCAGUAAAGGUACAUUUUCACCUUUUUUGUAUGAAACAUAUAGUACACUUUUGUUACCAAAUAGUUUCUAUUCUCUUCUUCCCGAGCUUUGGGCUUUUUUUGUUGUUGUCCAAAUUCCGACCUGGCAUGUGUAUUAUAGCUACCUUUACUUCUUGUCUCCAUCAAAUGCCUGCUUCUUUCGGUCUUUUCGACGGAACGUUGAAUUUUUGAUACUUUGCUAGUCUUGGGAUUUUUUUUACCUAACCGAUGGUUUGUUUGUGUUAGUGAGUAACCUCAGCGGGCCUAAUUUUUGUAUUCUCAUUGUUUUUUUUAUGAAGUCUUUAAAAAGAAAAGCUUUAAGCAAUGCCUCUGCCUUGCCUGCAAUACUCUGUGUGCUACAAGCUACGUUUCCUUUGGAAAGUACAGCAUGUCUGUACAUCACACAUGGAGCCAUGGUGACGUGAAUUCUUCCAUUUAUUUAAAAUGUUAAAAACUGGACUUCCAGUUACAAAAUAGUUUGUCAUUUUCAUACACAUUUAAUGAGUCUAGUCGUUAAAAUGAAAUGUAGCCUUAGUACAGUAAUAUUAAUACAGUCAACUAAAAUCAUAUCACAUAUCCAAAGUUGAGAUCAUGUUGCUGUAUUGGUCGCCACAGAAGUGUCCAGCGACGUCUUCAAAUCUGUCAGUCAGUAUAUUGUGUUACCUGGCCUUGGUGUCUUCUUAUGUAUAGAUCUGGUGGCAUUUAAAACUUUCAUUGGUUUUAGAAAACGGAAAAGACAGACACUUCCAAUUCGAUGUGGCCUUACCGCUAACUUAAAUGUCAAAGAGUAACAUUACCCUUCCAACGACCUGCCCUUUUCAUUUACGUAACUAGAAAGUAUCUGUGUGGGGAAAAAGUCUGUCUUAUCUCUGCUCAUUACUAGUUUGAAGAUGACAAGGGAAUUCUAAUAUCCCAUAACUCUUUACAACAAUGGGACCAGCUAUGCUAGUUAGCAACGACACUAGUCCAAUUAAGUUGUUUGUUUUCUAAUGCUGCCCAAUGGAAUUAUUACGUUGUCCUAACCUGUAUAUUUUUCACCUGGACUCGUUACAGAAAUGUGUUUCAUUGGACAACAUAACCCAUAAUGCUGUCUUUGUGUCACUGCUUCAAAAACACACUGUCAUACAUACGAUCAGCAUUCUGGAGGAUGUGUUGUUAAAACAAACUCUGUUCAGUGUGAAAGUACAACACAUACAGUACCAGUCAAAAGUUUGGACACACCUACUCAUUCAAGGGUUUUUCUUAUUUAUUUUUUUACUGUUUUCUACAUUGUAGUAUAAUAGUGAAGACAUCAAAACUAUGAAAUAACAUAUGGAAUCAUGUAGUAACCAAAACAGUAUUUUAUUUGAGAUUCUUCAAAUAGCCACCUUUGCCUUGAUGACAGCUUUGCACACUCUUGGCAUUCUCUCAAACAGUUUCAUGAGGAAUGCUUUUCCAACAGUCUUGAAGGAGUUCCCACAUAUGCUGAGCACUUGUUGACUGCUUUUCCCUCACUAUGCGGCCCAACUCAUCCCAAACCAUCUCAAUUGGGUUGAGGUCGGGUGAUUGUGGAGGCAAGGUCAUCUGAUGCAGCACUCCAUCACUCUCCUUCUUGGUCAAAUAUCCCUUACACAGCCUGGAGGUGUGUUGGGUCAUUGUCCUGUUGAAAAACAUAUGAUAGUCCCACUAAGUGAAAACCAGAUGGGAUGGCUUAUCGCAGCAGAGAUCAUCCGUUCACCUACUCUACGUCUCACAAAGACACGGCGGUUGGAACAAAAAAUCUCCAAUUUGAACUCCAGACCAAAGGACAGAUUUCUACUGGUCUAUUGUCUAUUGCUCGUGUUUCUUGGCCCAAGCAAGUCUCUUCUUCUUAUUGGUGUCCUUUUAGUAGUGGUUUCUUUGCAGCAAUUCGACCAUGAAGGCCUGAUUCACGCAGUCUCCUCUGAACAGUUGAUGUUGAGAUGUGUCUGUUACUUGAACUCUGAGGUGCAAUCUGAAGUGUAGUUAAUUGUCGGUUUCUGAGGCUGGUAACUCUAAUGAACUUCACCUCUGCAGCAGAGGGAACUCUGGGUUUUCCUUUCCUGUGGCGCUCCUCAUGAGAGACAGUUUCAUCAUCAGCAAUCUGAGGUGCAGUUAUUCUAAUGAACUUCACCUCUGCAGCAGAGGUAACUCUGGGGUUUCCUUUCCUGUGGUGAUCCUGUUUGAUGGUUUUUGCGACUUUCAAAGUUGUUUAAAUUGUCUGCGUUGACUGACCUUCAUGUCUUAAAGUAAUGAUGGUAUUUGACCAAAUAAGGCUGUCUUCUGUAUACCACUCCUAGCAUGUCACAACACAACUGAUUGGCUCAAAUGCAUUAAAAGGGAAAGAAAUUCCACAAAUUAACUUUUAAGAAGGCACACCUGUUAAUUGAAAUGCAUUCCAGGUUACUACCUCAUGAAGCUGGUUGAGAGAAUGCCAAGAGUGUGCAAAGCUGUCAUCAAGGCAAAAGGUGGCUACUUUGAAGAAUCUCAAAUAUAUUUUGAUAUAUCUAUCACUUUUUUGGUUACUACAUGUGUUUUUUCAUAGUUUUGAUGUUUUCACAAUUAUUCUACAAUGUAUAACAUUGUUUAACUUUUUUUUUUUUUUUACCUUGAAUGAGUAGGUGUUGUAAAUGUUUUGACUGAUACUGUAUAUGUCUACUUCAUCAUCACAGCAGUCGUGUUUUCUCCGUUUUAGAGACCAUUGUCUUGCGAGCACUGUGACUCAUUUAAAAGCCUUUUAACUAACGUCCUGUGGUUUUUGACCGAACAAAACAAUUUACGUCACUGUCUGAAAGCAGCCAAACCCAGCCAAUGUAUUUAUGGUGAUCAAGUCUUCUGUUAGAAGUAACAAGGCCUUCUAGACGUAGGCUGUAUUAUUGAAGAUGUAUAUUUAGAGAAACGUACAGCAAUAUUAUACAGGUCGUGUCUCUCGAGGUUCGUAUGCCUGACCACCUACUUCACCAGCUUGUUUGUGCUCACGAUCUGCUGUCGAGUCUGUAACAUUGGAUCGGUGAGCGACACUCGUUCCGUUUCAAAGUGUGUUUGUGCGUGUGUCCACUGUUCAUGUUCAAAACAAUCGAUGUUCUUGUAAAGAUGGACUUUUGCAGGUUGGUUGUCCAUCUUCUGAUUCGAUCCAAAUAUAAAACAAGUGAUUAUUUCUCUGGCAUAGUAAUGUGUGGAUGACGAAGACGAUAAAAGCCAAUAGUUUGAUCAUAGUGUGUUACAGUGGAACUGUAUGCUCUUCCAGGAAGAACUAUGGUGCUGAAACUUGAAUCUGUCCUCUUUUUAAUUAACAAGUGUUACUGGCCUCUCAUCAUGUACCCGUUUAACAGUCAAAUCCAUUUAAUAAAAGGGAACAAAAAAAGUGCUAUAUUUUCCCUAAAAAUACAAACGUAACAGAUGGGAUGCCCCCCCCCCCCCUCACCUGUUUCUUCAGCCAUUGAUGUUAAUGUAAACAGUGUAAUAUUGAUGAUAUAUAUUUUUUAUUAUUGUAUAAAGUUUCCCCGUUUUAUUUUAUGUCAAAGAAAUAAGGUCAUUCUUUCUUGUCCUUGCUGUCUACUUUGGCCCGGGAGUCGAUUUACAAAAGGCCAGUUGCUGUCGGUUCAGCAACAGUUGUUUCAUCUUUUUAAUUCAUUCAAGAAUGGGUCCGAUCAACCUGAAUUGAAUAGUUUGCAGCAUGGAACCAACAUGAGCUUUGUCACAUAUCACCUUACUAUGGAAUGUCUUUACACAACAAAGAGAAAAGGCUACUGGCGUUUUCCAAACCCUUUACUCUAUUGUGAUGUCAAUAAGGUGGUCGCUGAAUCUGUUUGGGUUUGCUCGGUGUUUUCAGGAUGUCAGCUGGGAAAAGUGAGUUUGGGAAAGCCUGUCUAAUGCCCGACUCAUUCUCCAGUCAGUGUCACCUGUCUUUCUGCUUUGGGGUUUUUUGUUUUGGGAUUCUAAUAUCCCAUAACUCUUUUCAACAAUGGGACCAGCUAUGCUAGUUAGCAACGGCGCUAGUCCAAUUUAAGUUGUUUGUUUUCAUGGUCAAGAAUAGCAUCAGUUCUCACGUUUUACUCAACGAGGAGAAGGCAGUUCUCUCUUACAGGGGUGGAAUGUUGUUACAUGCCUUUUUAUAAUCUGAACAAACGAUUAACCUGGUAACAAAAUCUGAUGAAAUACUCUCCUAACCUUGUGUGAAGCUUUUUGCAAAUACUGUGUACAUACUGUACUUGCAAGCAGUUUUAAUUUUGUCAUAUUGUUUGUUUUUUUCCAAAAGCAGCUGUUUUUUUUUGGGGGGGGGGGGGGUUAAUGAGCUCUGAACAACGUAAGUAUGUAUCCUCUAAUAUGCCAAAUGUCUUUUUAUAACAUAGAUUUGUCAUGCACUGCUAAACAGGAACGGAGCGAGAAGCAGCUUUAAAUAAAUGAAAAGCCGUGUGGGAGGAGCCUUUUUCUCUGACACGCUCUGCCUUGAAUGCUCCUCAAGACGAUUGGCUGGCUGCAUUAUGGAGUAGUAAUGUUUCUCUCUCCUCUGUGUCUCUCUGUACCUACGUUUUCACUUCACUCUCUUAGCUCUGCACGCUCAACUUUGCUACAGUCCCAUUUCUUAUCGUUUCUUUCUUGUCCCCCUCACGCAUCCUUUUACACACACUCUGUCUCCAUCUCUCUCUCUCUCUCUCUCUCUCGCUCUCUCGCUCUCUCGCUCUCUCGCUCUCUCUCUCUCUCUCUCUCUCUCUCUCUCUCUCUCUCUCUCUCUCUGUCUCUCUCUGUCUCUCUCUGUCUCUCUCUGUCUCUGUCUCUCUCUGUCUCUGUCUCUCUCUCUGUCUCUCUCUCUGUCUCUCUCUCUGUCUCUGUCUCUCUCUGUCUCUGUCUCUCUCUCUCUCUGUCUCUGUCUCUGUCUCUGUCUCUGUGUGUAAUGUUCCAGUAAUGGUAAACAGAGGUGUCAGUCAGUGGUAGUAUACUCAGCGAUCGAAGGGUUUGCUGAUGGUAGAAAUCUGUGCAGUUUGUAACAUUUUUAGCAAUAACGUGAAACAAGGGGACUGUUUUUUGAUAACAUUAUGAUUGGUGGUUUUGUUUUUUGUACAUAUUGAAAUUCCAUGUCAUUUAAAGGAAAAAACAAGAAAAAAGUUGCUAUGUUGGCAUAUAAAAAAAAACCUACAAGAAAUAAAAAAGUGUCAAAAUGA